AUGUUAUCCCCAAGUUCAGUUGUUGUAGCUGCUGCUUUAGCCUCACUUUUGUUUUCAAAUACCGUUUAUGCAAAUGAAACCGAGAUUGACACCACAUUAGUCUCAACCAUCACAGUCACUGUGACGCUUUACUCCCCAGAAGAAUCCGCAAGUAUGGCUUCUGUUGCUUCCGCCCAAUUAGCAGCACAGUCUGCUUUGGAAGCUUCCAUUGCAUCAGAAGUUUCUAUUGCCUCGGUUGCUUCUGUCGAAUCGGUCGCUUCGGUCGCUUCAGUUGCUUCAGUUGCUGCCGCAAAAUCUGCUGCCGAAGAAUAUUAUACCUCUUUAGCAUCAGUGUCGAGCGCCUCAGUCGCAUCUGCCAAAGCUCAAGCUAAACAAAGCCAAGAUGCUUUAAAGAAUGCAGAUUUAAAAAACACCAGCAUAACUAGCACAACCAUUUCCAACUCAACUUCGCAAAAGCAAUCCACAACGUCAAUGACAUUGUUAUCGUCUCUGGUGCCAUUAAAUUCGUUGGAUGAUUCUUCAUCGAGUAUUGCAUCCAUUGCCACUAACGCUGGUUCAAGCUCGUCAGAAGAUGCAGCAGCUGGUUUCUAUAAUAACCAAUACAUUGGCACAGGUCUUACAGCUGGUUUAAUUGCUUUUGUUGCCGCUUUAGUGUAA